UUUUUUCAAUCUAUGAUUUUCUUUGUGGUCUGUUCGUGUCAGUUGGUGUCAAGAGAAAUUUCAAUUUAUUAAAAAACUAAAGAUGGGAUUCGGCGAUUAUCCAGUUGAAUACGAUCCUAAAAGGCAUGGCCCUUAUGAUCCAGCACGAUACUAUGGCAAACCGGAUACCCCAUUCGGUCAAUUAAAAUUGUCUGAAGUAGGAGCAUGGAUCGGUCGUCGUAACAAGACCCCUUCAGCAAUAGCUGGAGUUUUCAGCAGAGCUUAUUGGAGAUGGCAACACAAAUAUGUUCAGCCCAAAAGGGGUGGAAUUGCCCCUUUCUUGCAUUACGUGUUUGGUGCUAUGACCAUUUUCUAUGUCAUGAAUUCCAACAAAAUCGGUCGCGAGAGACGCUACAAGUACCACUAAGGAUAUCGGCAUAUUGUUAGUAGUCUUUUUGCAACAACUUCAAUUUCAUUCGUUAAGAACUACUGAAUUCUGUAGAAAAUGAGUAUUUUUAUUUGCAAUCCAUCCCAUUUCAAUAAAAUUAUAUAAUCAAUCCUCAAGGACGUAGGA